GUCAAAGGUCAUAAUGGCGCUGCUUAGCAGUGCCGAAAGCUAAUUUUAAAAUAGUUAUAAAAAAUUAGGAAUUAAAAAUGAUUCCGGGGUUGUCAGGAGCUCAUGGACAGCGUCGUCUUCGACAUUUGAGGAAUAUUGCAGCUCGAAAUAUUUCUAAUAAGAAUGGUUAUCUUCUGAAUACAUACUUCACUCUGCAUCUUUGUGAUGAGUCAACUAUAUUUAAAGAAUUUUACAAGAGUGAAAUUAUAAAGGACUCCUUGAACCCAACAUGGCGAUGUUUAGAUUUUGGCUUGAUGCCCAAGAAGUUGGACACAUCUGUGGCGUGCUUUGUGGUCAGAAUCUGGGGUGGCAGGGAUGACCAGUACCAGCUCCUUAUUGAAUGGAAAGUGAAUUUGGAUGGACUGAAGUACAUAGGACAACAGAUCCGGACUCGCAAUCCCAAUGAAAUCAUAUUCGGGCUAAAUGAUGGCUACUAUGCUGCUGCUUCUGAUCACAAGGAUAUUUUGGAAAAAAAAAAUGUCCAGAUGGACUCCAACAAUGCCAGGAACUCCUAUAGUGUCUUUUCACUUCUUAGGCUUCAUACAGCUCAGCGUGCAAUAAAGCAGACACAGGUGACUGCACAGAGAAUAGGAACAGACAUUGAAGAGAAAAUUAGAUUUACAGCUUCAAGCAACGAACUGAAAAGAGAGCGUGAAUGUCUGCAGCUGAAAAUCUUGGUGCUUCGAAAUGAGCUGGAAAGACAAAAACGAGCCCUAGAACAAGAAGUGCAAAGAUUGCAGAAAGAGCAAAGGGUGACACAAACAAAAAGGGAAACAUUUGAAGAAAAAUACCAGUGUUUGCAAACAGAGAGAGAAUCCUUAAGCGAGCAAAAGAAAGAAUGCACUUCCAAACGAGAGGCAUUUCUUAAGACGAACGCACAACUGACCGUGCGGUGUAGACAGCUACUGUCAGAGCUUUCCUACAUUUAUCCUAUAGAUGUGAUUGAACAUAAGGAUUAUUUUAUAUGUGGAGUAAAAUUACCUAAUUCAGAGGAUUUUCAAGCAAAGGAAGAUUUGAGCACAGCUGUUGCCCUGGGUUACACUGCUCACCUGGUGUCAAUGAUUUCCAUUUUCCUGCAAGUGCCACUCCGAUAUCCUAUAAUCCACAAGGGUUCGAGGUCUGUAAUUAAAGACAACAUUACAGACAAGUUGUCCGAGAAGGAGAGGGAAUUUCCUUUGUAUUCCAAAGGUGGUGAGCGGUUUCAGUUUGAUUAUGGGGUCUACCUUCUUAACAAAAACAUAGCUCAGCUUAGAUACCAACAUGGCCUGUCUACACCAGAUCUGCGCCCAACCCUACCAAAUCUGAAACAUUUCAUGGAACAUGGGUUGCUGGUUAAAUGCGAUCGACAAAUGUCCAGUGCGAUUCCAGUACCUCCUAGGGUUCAGACUUCUACUUUUCGAGGCUCAGAGAUCAUCAAUUCCAUUGAAGUGGUUCCUCCAAUAAAAGGAGUUCGUAAGCGAGCAAGUUCAGAAAAUGAAAGACUUCUGUAUAAGACAUCACCCCCUAGUUACAAAACAGCCACAACUCAGCCAAUCACUGUUACAGCACCUCCAAGAGACCCCAGUCUGAAAAAUGCAUCCUCCUCUCUUGGUGAUUCUACUAGGUAUCCUGAAACAAGUCAAAAAGAAAAGGUUUUAUGUGUAGAUGUUAAUGGGGAAAGUACAACUCAAAGUUGCAUCGUAAGUGACAGAAAAAGUCAUGGCAAUGGCAUACCUGAGAGCUCCAAUGCAGUGAAUCGGACAGUUUUGACAAGUGAGUUUGCUGGAAAUGUUGCUGGUGAACCAGUUUGUAACCCAGAUUUUCCAGCAGGCACUGAGCAUUGCUCUGUAGAACAGGCAGAAGUAAUUAUGGGUAUGGAAGCCACAGGAUUUAGCUCAGGAGAACAGCUAGAACCUUUUAGUGGUAUCCCAGUGGAUCACGCUGUGGCUGUGGAUAGUGAUGAACAAGUUCUAGGAGAACUGGAUGCUGAGAGCUUUGAAGAAUUUUCAAGACGUGUCUAUGCACUGAGUGAAACUGUGUCUAGCUUUCGGAGGCCACGCAAAAGCUCUGAUAAGUAAAUUAUUGAAGAAGACGUUUUGAAAUUGAACUGAUUAACCUGGAAUGAAGACUAAGUUGCACUUAAUAUAUGCCUUGUGUUAAUUAUAGACAUAAAUAAAUUAUGCUGUUCUUGUGGUGAAAAAGAACUGUAGAAGCAUUGACAUGCACAUAUCCUUGAAGUAAGUCCAGGUUUUAGCUUCAAACUUAACCCAUUCCAUAAGUGGAAUUUCAAACUUGUGGUAUACUUUUCCAUGUAAUGGUAUGGUCAAGUGACAAGCUCCGAUCUUGCUUCAGGGAGCUUUCUUGUCGGUUUAGCACUCAACUGCCUUGCUCCCUGCCAUUAUGACCAUUAGGCAUUCAGGAUAGCAGAUCUUCAUUGUGUUUCUGCAAGGCUUAGAGGUAUGUAUAUUUCAGUCAUUCCCAGUUCUUUGCAGUCACUCGCACAGUUUGGAUCUUCUCCUAACUUUUCUGAAUUAUGAUCUUUCUGCAUUUGCAGCUGAAGAAGCAUGUAUUCUUUAACUAUGUUUGCUGUCAGCAGAUCAUAAAAUCAAGACCACCAGGGGCGCUGUGCGUUUUUCUGGGCCUUUCAAAUGUCUGUUCUUCCCAGCACCAUCGCUUCUGUCCUUUGAAAGUAUUAUGAGACUUGCGUUGAAGCAGAGUAUCAGGUGAUAACAGAAUUGGCCCAGCAGAAUGGUGAAACAUAGGGCCUUUUGAAAUAUCCCAUGUUAGGGGUGUUAGAGACACAAAAAGAAGGUUUUGGGUUUGGCGUAAUGGUUAAGCUCUUUACCUCAUAGACACAGUACAGGGUUUGAGUCUGACCUCAAGGUAUUGGCUAGGCUUAAAAUGUCCAUUCAGGACAAUCAGCCUACUAUUCACCUCUGAAACUAUGAACUAAAACUACAUGCCUGAGUCACCCAGAAUUAAGAUCUUUAAGUUUUCUACUUAAGCAGUAAACUGCACCCACACCAGGUAUGUUGUCUUGUAGGAAGAGGGUGCUGACCAUGUCCUCCUGGUUGUAUAUACAUGAGGCUGAUAAUCAAGGCCCCAUUUCAGACCCUGCUCAUGGUACUGAGUUCUUACCUCUGCUUACUGCAGUGGCUCUCUAGGACAUCAUAAAUGACCAAGGAGCAGGCCCUUGCAAUGAGCCUUUAGGUAUUUCUGUGCGUCUCAUCUUUGGUUUUGUGGGAUCAUUUCAAUUUGAUUCCCACUGGCAGGCUGGCCACACAGUAGGAGAGUUGAGUCUAGCCCCACAGACACACUUGUGUACACCUUUGGACCAUCAGUUGUGUCUGUGCCUUCAGUGACUUUGAUAUACUGUUUAGAGAGUACUUGUAUAUGUCCAGAAGUGAGUUAAGUCAUCAUUUUGUACAGUUUACUCAUUUAUUUUUGAUUUUGGCAUUAACCACAGCAUAGGUCUGUUAGUUGUGCACAACUUUUGUGGACUUCCCAGUCACACUUUAACCUUGUUCUGGUCAUGCAGGGACAUCACAGAGAUAUGGGUACAGGUUGGUCUUUAUCUCCAGCAAUGAUUUCAGCCUCUGAACAGUUGAAAGUUCCUUUUCUGGGGAGAGAUGAAAAUAGGAAUCUUGAAUCCCUUGCCAGUGCAUCUAGAUGCCAAUGCCUGCAACUCCCAAUAUCAUGGUUGCUCAAACAAAUUUGUAAAGCUGACAGGCAAAAGAAACCAAAAUGAUUUAAUAAACCACCAAAACACUUUUAUUACUUCUAAGCACUUUUGUCCCUCCAGCAAUAUCAGUGAGUUGAUCAGAGAUAACUGCCGUAAAAUCACACUGACCUUAUAUAGUGAAAGCAUUUCCAUCCCCAAUCACUGUGUCUCCAUUGACGCAUCACCUGUUUGCAAAAUUAUAAGUAACAACAAAAACAUGAAUUUGUUGUAUAAAAAUAAUUAGUUUUCUUAAAUUCAUGUAAAAGUAAUCUUUAAAAAAUUGAAGAUGUUGCCAUAAUUUCUUUCAAAGAUAAAUAUUGUGUAAAGCUUUCAAAAUGAAGGCUUGGAAGUUAAAACCUGCUCAUAGAUUUUAUUUUCAGCAUGCAGGAUAGGCAAUCAUAUGGCCAGUGUAAUUCUUUCCUUUCUGAUUUCACCUUCGACAGCCCCCAUCCUCUUCAACCACCUCGAGUUGAUAGAAUCUAGAAUUGUGUCCUACGUGAUAUUGAAUGUGCUUCCAUAAGGCAUUAGAAUGGUCUUUCCAUAAGGCAUUAGAAUGGUCUUUCCAUAAGGCAUUAGAAUGGUCUUUCCAUAAGGCAUUAGAAUGGUCUUUCUUUCUGAUCACAUAAACAUGUUUAUAUAUUCAGUCCUUCAAAGUUCUUUCAUUUUUGCCACUAUAGAACCUGGAGCACAUAUAGCAUAUUGCUGUGUAUGACACAUAGUUAAACAGUUACAAUAGAAACGUAGGUGGUAAGAACCAAACCUGUAACUCUAACCACACACCCUUCUUCAGUAUAAGAACAGUACUUACAUUGCCCACAUUUAAAAGUCCCAACCUUAACUACUCUGGGGACUUUCUGUAUAAUUUUUGAUGUACCAAUCCUCCUCGAAUGCAGUGUAUCCUAACAUCUGCUCAUCUAAUAAACCCAUGUCAAAAACCUUCCAAUUUUUCAUAACAAUUCACCUAAUAUUUCCUGCAUCACCAUUAUAGGUUGAUACCAGUCCCUUAUUGUAAUAGUUCUCCUUUGGUUUAGCAUUAAUCUUGUAUGGAAACCACCCAGAGGAGUGGAUAAUAAAAACCCUGAAGCUCUCUUGUUAUGAACUUUUGAAAAGAUGUUGCUCUUAGAAUCUUCAGGAUAACCCCUUGUAGUAAACAUAGUUCAAAGUUUGUCACUCCUUAUAAAAUAAAUCUAAAUCAGAUGUCAUUCAUACUAAUCUAACCAACUGGCCAUUAACCCAGGCUCUUUUUUGGUAUUGUGGAUGGCAACUAUUAAAAUGUAUUAAACAUUACAAUAUGUGGGUUUUCUGAAAAUACUGGAGACAACCCUCUUGUUCUCUUCUUCUUUAUGUAUUUCACUAUCUAAAUACU